AUGACAAAAACGAUACAGAUUAGUGUCGAAACUAGAAGUGCUAUUAUCACACUUAGAAAAAAAGAUUAUUAUUUGCGGGAUAUCGCAUACAAAUUGAAGAUAUCAUAUAAGGGAGUUCAGAGAAGAUCCAGGAUAACGUCGAAGGCUGAAGAUAUUAGAAUACAGAUUAUAUGCAAACUUAACAGACGGCUAACGGCCUCACAAAUUCGUGCAGAUCUUAAUCAUAGUAGCUCGACUCCAGUACCUCUGACCACAGUGAAAAGACGACUAAGAGCUGGUGGUUUAAACGGCUACAUAGCUGUUGGGAAACCAUUGCUUUCAUUAAAAAAAUCGCAAAAUGCAGUUUAA